AAAUUUUUGAUCAAAUAUUAACUAACGAAAUUAGAUCAUGAAACUUUUUCAUAUCAGCGUUAUUAGUAUAAUUAUUUAUGGUAUAAGUGGACUAGUUCCGGAAGCUUGUAAUGAUUGGGAGACAAAAGAAAAGCAUAAUGUGGGAGCGAAUUGGGUUAGUAAAACUCAAUGUGAAGGAUAUGUUUGUAAAUUAGUACCAAUACCAGAGGCAAGAAAUAGAGAAUUUCCCAUUGCUGUUAAAAAAGUUUGUUCAGAAAUCAAGGCCAAAAAAAAUUGCACUCUAGUUCCACAAGAUUUGACCGUGGAGUUUCCAAAAUGUUGCCCAAUCUUGGUUUGCAUUGAUAAGAACGUUGUGAAAAUUGAAAAAUCUACCGAUGUAAUUCCUAAAACACAACCAUAAUUUUACAAAACCUAUUCAAUAAGCGAGAAUUUGAUAUAUAUCAAAUUGUUAUUACAUGAAGGC